AUGGCCUCCUCUGACUCUCUACCUCCUCCUUCCUCUUCUUCCUCCUCUUCCUCUCUUUCUCCUUUUUCGGCUUCUGCCAUUCCCUCCCACCACAUCGCCACUCUCAUCCCUGUCAAACUCAACAGAGAUAACUAUCUUCUCUGGAAAUCCCUCUUCACUCCCAUUCUGCAGAAUGCUGACCUCUAUGACCUUAUUGAUGGUUCUGACCAAUGCCCACCCCAAUUUCUUUCUACCAUUGAAUCUAAUCCCGCUUAUCCUACAUGGGUUGCCCGAGAUCGUACCUGCAAAAUUUGGCUCCAUGCUGCCAUCUCUGAGUCUAUUCUCCCUUAUACAGUAGGUUGCUCCUCCGCCAAAUCUCUCUGGGACAACCUCGAGAAACGCUUCUCUGCCAUCACUCGCUCCCAUAUCCUUCAGCUUAAGGGUCAGCUCCAAACCCCGAAAAAGGGAUCUGACCUGAUGAUGCUCUAUCUUGAAAAAAUCAAGGCUCUUGCCGACGGUCUAGCCGCCGCCGGGGCUCCCCUUGCCGAUCUUGACCUUAUUGCUCACAUUCUUCGUGGCCUCCCACCUGAGUAUGACUCUUUUGGUACUUCGAUCAGAGUCCGCUCUGACCCCAUCGACCCUGAUGCUCUUCAUGGUCUCCUGAUUAGUGAAGAGAUUGAAAUUCUACAACGUGACACCCUAAAUCCCAUUUCUAACUCAUCUGCCCCUUUUCAGGCCUUUCAUACCUCUGUUCAUUUAAGGCCCACCUCUUCCCGCCCUUCUCCCCGCCCAAAUCCUCCCAAAUACACGUCCAACCCACCUCUCCUACCCACCCCAUCUACUCCACCCUACCUCUCUCAGCCCAAUACCUUUUCCCACUCAUCCCACAAUCGCUUCCGUCAAACCCCUAAAAUCAGAUGUCAAAUUUGCAACAAACCCAACCACACCGCCAUCGAAUGUCGCCAUCGCUCCAACUUCGCCUAUCAAGGCCGCUCCCCUCCUGCUCGCUUUACUGCCAUGACUGCUACCCACUCUCCUCCCCCCUCCAGCUCCCUCUGGUAUGCAGAUACUGGUGCAACCAACCAUGUCACUCCUGACCUUCACAAUCUCUCUCACCAACUCCCAUAUCAAGGCAAUGACAAAGUCCUCGUUGGCAGUGGUGAAGGUUUACCGAUUGCCAAUACUGGUUCCUCCACAGCCUCUGCUUCUUCUUCCUCUUUUAAAUUGAACAAUAUUUUACAUGUCCCUCGCAUUACUCAAAAUCUGUUAUCUGUGCAUCGCUUUGUUUGUGAUAACCACUGCAUACUAAUGUUCACUCCUUUUGAAUGUCUUGUGAAGGAUCUAGCCUCGGGACGCCUUCUCUAUCGUGGCCCCACUGAUGGCCAUCUAUAUCUUAUCAACCUCUCAAUUUUUCCCAAGUCUCCACCUGCUGCUCUUCUCAGUACCAAGGCUUCCUCUUCCCUGUGGCACAAGAGUCUGGGCCACCCCUCCUCCGUCACCGUUCAACACAUCAUCUCUUACUAUCGUCUUCCUCUCCACCGCUCUUCAGCUCAUCCAUCUAUUUUUCAAGACUGUCAAUUAGGCAGAAGUUCCAAGUUACCUUUUAGCACAUCUAGCACCACUACUUCCUCUCCUUUAGAAUUAAUACACACCGAUGUUUGGGGGCCUUCCCCUGUUCCCUCUGUAUCUGGAUAUCGAUUUUACAUCAUUUUCAUAGAUGAUUUCUCAAGAUUUACUUGGCUUUAUCCCCUUCACACUAAAACUAAUGUCUUUACGGUCUUUCAGCAGUUUAAGUCUCUGGUUGAAAAUCAAUUUAAUAUGAAAAUUAAGACAGUCCGAUGUGAUAACGGUGGUGAGUUCACUAGCACACACUUUCGACAAUUUCUAGCAUCUCAUGGCAUCAUUCAGCAACUUACAUGCCCUCAUACCCCUGAACAAAACGGCAUGUCUGAACGUAAACACCGACAUAUAAUUGAGCUUACUCGCACCCUAUUUGCGCAGUCUCAUCUGCCAAUCAAAUAUUGGGUUGAGAUUGCUCAGACAUCCGUAUAUCUAAUCAAUCGAUUGCCUUCACUUUCCUUGCAAAAAACAAGUCCAUUGCAGAAAUUGUUCAACUGUACUCCUGACUACCAAUUUCUCAAAGCGUAUGGCUGUGCUUGCUAUCCCUGGCUCCGUCCGUAUUCCUCUCACAAGCUCGAAUUUCGCAACAAACCCUGCAUCUUCAUUGGCUAUGGUGUCCAUCAAAAAGGCUAUCGAUGCCUUGAUCAGAGUUCUGGCCGUGUAUAUGUUUCUCGUCAUGUGGUAUUUGACGAACAUCAUUUUCCCUUCACUGAGCCACGCCCUUCCCCUGCAGCUUCCCAGGCUUCUACCCCUCCUCCCUCAUCUCCAUAUCUUCCCAUUCCUCCUCCCCAAUCUACUUCUUUAACUCCCCAACCCCCUUGCUCUGCAUCUACCCAACCUCAUUCCCCACCUCGGUCUCCAACAUCCUCAACCUCAGCCCCAAUCCCACCCUCACCUCCACCUAUUCCCGCUCCUCCGCCCCCUCCUUCCAACAUACAUCCCAUGCAAACUCGAUCCAAAUCCGGUCUCACCAAGCCAAAAACCUUUCUCACCCGUCAUCCAUUUCCGCAGGCUUACCUUACCACUUCCUCCUCUCCCAAAAUCCCUUCUACAUACAAACAGGCAGCCCAAGACCCCAAAUGGCUACAGGCCAUGCAAGAUGAAAUUGCUGCUCUUCGUAAAACAAAAACGUGGUCCCUUGUCCCUCCUAGUAAUGCUCACAACCUCGUUGGUUGUAAAUGGGUCUUCCGGAUCAAACAGCAUGCUGAUGGAUCCAUUGAGCGCUAUAAAGCUCGGCUUGUCGCCAAGGGAUUUAACCAACUUGAGGGCAUUGACUAUUCUGAAACCUUCAGCCCCGUUGCCAAGCCGACAACCAUUCGGAUCCUACUGUUCUUGGCUGUCCAGAACAAUUGGCCAAUCUCCCAACUUGAUGUGUCCAAUGCAUUUCUCCAUGGGCAUCUUCAAGAACAGGCUCCUCGUGCUUGGUAUGAGGAACUACAAGAUGCUCUUCUCUCCUUGGGCUUCAAGACAUCCACUGCCGAUACAUCUUUGUUUAUCAAAAUCGAUACCUCUGCCACUUUUCUACUUGUUUAUGUUGAUGACAUUGUCAUCACUGGCAGUGACUCCAACUACUGCACCUCUCUUAUUUCCCAACUCCAUCAACAAUUUGCAAUCAAGGAUUUGGGACCCCUCCACUACUUCUUGGGCUUAGAAGUGCACCGUGAUUUGUCAGGGCUUUUUCUUAGCCAAACAAAAUACACUGUUGAUCUCCUCAAAAAGACUGACAUGAUUGAUGCCAAACCAUCCCCAUCUCCAGCCACCAUCUCCAAAUUAGACUCCCAAACAGGUUCUCUAUUGUCUGAUCCCACCACUUACCAAUCCAUUGUAGGUGCCCUCCAAUACUUGACAUGGACUCGGCCAGACAUCACUUAUGCUGUCAACCAAGUUUGCCAAUACCUUCAUGCUCCUACUACAUUUCACCUCACAGCCGUCAAAAGAAUUCUUCGUUAUCUCAAAUCCACCCCCACUUAUGGCAUUCAUCUCAGCAAAGGUUCUUCUCAACUCACAGCUUAUUGUGAUGCCGACUGGGCAGGUUGUCCUGACAAUCGUCGCUCAACAACUGGGUUUUGCAUCUUUCUUGGCAAUAAUCUAAUAUCUUGGUCCUCCAAAAAGCAGCAAACAGUUGCUCGUUCUUCGACAGAAGCCGAAUAUAGAGCCCUAGCCACAACCACUGCUGAAGUUCUCUGGCUAUGCACACUUUUGAGAGAAUUGCACAUCUCUUUGCCCUCCCCACCAUUGCUCUUUUGUGACAAUAUUAGCGCCAUUGCUCUUGCUGCCAAUCCUAUUUUCCACGCUCGAAUGAAACACAUUGAAGUGGACUAUCACUUCAUUCGAGAUUUGGUCAUCGCCAAGGCCAUUUCCAUUCUUCAUGUUCCUUCGCACUCUCAACUAGCCGACAUCCUUACCAAAGGCCUUUCAAUUGAUCGUUUUCGCACUCUCAGCGACAAGCUCAUCACUGGGUUACCCACUAUGAGCUUGCGGGGGGAUGAUAAACAGAGUACACAAUCAUAG